UCAUAGAUUCAGAAUUUUUAAUGGGGGAGAAGGAGUCGAUGCCAUUUUAAGGAUUUUAACAUAGUAAUUAUACUUUAUGUGGGAAUUACCAUAUCACACACACAUUAUUGUUCAAUGCAGAGUAUUUUACUGUCUUAAACGUGUCUGGAAGGGUGAUCUUUAAAUUUUUACUUCACUAACUUGCUUUACUUUACUUAAACACCACUACUCAUCUACUUGAACCAAAACCUGUGCAGCAAUUAUCAGUUGCUGUAAUUCACCAUCUGUCCAGCAGGUGGCGGUACUUGAUUACAUUGAAUACCGAGGGAACAGUACAGGAAAUACAGGAACUGAAGAAGAAGAAUGAGAGAAUAACGGCCUGACGCAGUUAGUUGGUGACUGCAUAAAUUGGGAUAUACCAUGAAGUAAUGGUUAACUGUAGCGGACUUUGGAUGCUGCUGUCCAAAUCUUUCACGCCGGUGUACAAGGUCGGUGUUUUAAAUGCGGAGACCAGGCCGUCCUGCUAGCUAAAUCUGUGUUAUUCUCUUUUCGUUUAGGGAGAAGCUUCACUUCUUCUGCUUUAUCUCGCUUGAAGAACAUGAACUCCAUUUUUGCGACGGAAACAGUGUUGUGAGUGUUUUUAAACUAAAACCGUUAUUUGAAGUCAUGGCGAACGACUUGGUGAAGUCGUUCGUGCAGAUGUGCAGUUAUCUGCAGGAGCCCUGCCAUGUAGCGAGGUUUCAGAGGAUCUGCGGCGUUAAGGGGACCUUCCCUGACAAAGCGACCAAGCCGGACAGCGGGCAGCUGGACCCGGACCUUCCCGGGGUGAGGAGGAGGGCGCAGCAGGGGGGACACGGCGUUAGUCUGGGGAACGGGGCCGCCGCCGGGGAUGCGAGCGUAUCGCGGGUUAAUGGGAUGCAGGGGGACGUUACCGCCGGAGCCGGGCCUGAAGGUGCAGACGCAGACACCCCAAGAGCAAAACCCCUCCGGAGAAACUCCCUGACCGGAGAUGUGGGUCAAGAGUUCUUGAUUCACAACAAGUUUCUGUUCUACCUGUUCACGUUUGGUACCGAGCUGGGCAACGAGAUGUUCUUCAUCGUCUUCUUCCCGUUUCUCUACUGGAACAUCGACGCCCUGGUCAGCAGGAGGCUCAUCAUCGUCUGGGCCUGGAACCUGUUCGUGGGUCAGUCCACCAAGGAUAUGGUCCGCUGGUCCCGGCCGGCCUCCCCACCUGUGGUGAAGGUGGAGGUCUUCUACAACUCCGAGUACAGCAUGCCCUCCACACACGCCAUGACCGGCACCGCCAUACCCGGCUGUCUCUUCAUGUUGUCCUAUGGACGGUGGCAGUACCCUUUCCUCUUCGGCUUGUGCGUGGCUCUCAGCUGGAGCAUCCUGGUCUGUGUAAGCAGAGUCUACAUGGGGAUGCAUUCUGUUCUGGAAGUGAUCACUGGCUUCCUAUACAGCCUCCUUAUUCUAGCCUUCUUCUAUGAAGUUUUGGACAAGAUCGACAGCUUCUACAUGAUGAACCACUAUGCUCCGCUUGUGAUUAUCAUCUCACAUGUGAGCCUCGGACUUGUGGCUUUCUCCCUGGAUUCCUGGAGCACCUCUCGGGGCGACACAGCUCAGGCCCUGGGCACUGGGGCUGGGGCUGCUUUGGCUACCCAUGUGAACUAUCAGCUGGGGCUGCUAGUGGAUCCACCGCUGACCUCGCUGCCUCUAACUUUACCAUCAGUCAGCACUAGCUUGGUGGUUUUCUCCCUGUUGCGCUUCCUCAUCGGAGUUGCCGUCCUCCUCGUCACGAGAAUGGUUAUGAAAGCACUGACUAUUCCGUUCUUAUGUCGACUGUUUGGACUGCCAACAGAUGAUUUAAGACAGGCGAGGCAGCACAUGAAAGUAGAGCUGCCAUACCGUUACAUUGUCUACAGUGUUGUUGGUUUUAGUUGUGUCUGUGUGGUGCCUCUUCUCUUUAGGAUCUUAAACCUUGCCUGAGUGUUGUGUGCAAACAGUAAUGCACUACUGACAUCUUCACCUACAUUACAUUGUGGUCUUUUGACACAAGAUAAAGGCUGUUUCUGUACGACAAAAACUGAUUUAAAGGAUAAAUCUGAUGAUAUUCUAUAUUUUUCUUAUUGUCAACGUAUCCCAUGAAAAGACCAAAACCAAAAAUGAAAUUCAACUGACAUGUGUUGCCUGUGGAGCUCAGGCGUGAUAUAGCUUCUUCCUCUGCUCCACAGACCUCCAUUGUUGUUAAAAAACUAUUGAAAACAUCAGUGAGCCACACCUUCACACUGGGUGACAUGUUCCUUUAUUAUCGUGAACAUGGCCAUUGUUUAUUUUGAAUCAGUCCCUCAUACACCUUCCUGUGGCUGUAAAUACAUCUAAUAUGUACUAAUCUGCAGUUGAAAAUAGUCCCCAACAAAUGCUCUAUUUAUGAGUAUCGUUGGUCAAAAAAAUGCGUAUUUGCUAGCACUUUUUGAAGAUCAGUAGGAACAAAUGGGCUUGAGGCUGAGGACCACAGACAAGUUGGGAAAGUUGGAAAGUACUGAGACAGACUAACACAUCGUUGGUUUUGAUCUUUCAUGUUUCUACAGUAACAAAAAUCUAAAACAUCACUUGCCUUAUCCUUUAAGCUACACCUGUGGUCAACACACUUAAAGGUAGAGUCAGUUAUUCUGGAGAAAGAUUGUUGACAUUUGAACUGAACACCCAAACAAAUACAGAAGCUACG